AGGAAAGGCGGGAGGGCGCGCGCCGGGGCCGCUCGCUCGCUCCCUCGCUCGCUCGCUCCCUCCCUCCGGCGGUGGGUUAGUCAGUCAGUCCGUCAGUCCGCCUGCGGCCGGCGGGCCCGCAAGCCGCAGAGGGCCGAGCCUCGGACGCCGGCGCCUCCUCCUGCCAUUGUUCGUUGGGCGGCUGCAGCGGUGGGCGCGGGAGCCCGAGCCACCGCAACAUCAUGACAACAGAGAAGAGUUUAGUGGCUGAGGCUGAAAAUCCACAGCACCAACAACAGAAGGAAGAGGGUGAGGGAGUUACAAACUCGGGUCAACAGGAAACUCAGCUGGAAGAGGCUUCUCAAGCAGCAGCCGAGGGAGAUAAUCAGUGUGAGCAGAAGCUGAAAACGUCUAAUGGCGACACUCCAACACACGAAGACUUAACCAAGAACAGGGAGCGGACAUCAGAAAACAGGGGCUUGUCACGGCUGUUCUCCUCAUUUCUCAAAAGACCUAAAUCUCAGGUCUCUGAGGAAGAAGGCAAAGAAGUAGAGUCAGCUAAAGAGAAAGGUGAAGGAGGUCAGAAAGAGAUAGAAUUUGGCGCCAGUCUUGACGAAGAGAUCAUUUUGAAGGCCCCGAUUGCAGCUCCUGAACCUGAGCUCAAAACAGACCCAUCCCUUGAUCUUCAUUCUUUAAGCAGUGCAGAAACACAGCCUGCUCAGGAAGAACACAGGGAAGAUCUAGAUUUUGAGACUAAGGAAGGAGAAGGACUUGAAGAGUGUUCUAAAACAGACGUAAAAGAAGAAAGUCCUGAAUCAAAAGCAGAAAGAGAAUUAAAAGCUUCCCAGAAAUCCAUCAGAAGACACAGAAACAUGCAUUGCAAGGUUUCUUUGUUGGAUGACACAGUUUUCGAAUGUGUUGUGGAGAAACAUGCUAAGGGACAAGAUUUACUUAAACGAGUAUGUGAACACCUCAAUCUUUUGGAAGAAGACUACUUUGGUCUAGCCAUUUGGGAUAACGAAACCUCUAAGACAUGGCUGGAUUCUGCCAAAGAAAUAAAAAAGCAGGUUCGUGGUGUCCCUUGGAAUUUCACAUUUAAUGUAAAGUUUUAUCCACCUGACCCAGCACAGCUAACAGAAGAUAUAACAAGGUAUUAUUUAUGUCUUCAACUUCGGCAGGACAUAGUUACAGGACGUCUGCCCUGUUCCUUUGCAACCUUAGCAUUGUUAGGUUCUUACACCAUCCAGUCUGAGCUGGGAGACUACGACCCAGAACUCCAUGGUGCAGAUUAUGUUAGUGAUUUUAAGCUGGCCCCAAAUCAGACCAAGGAACUUGAAGAGAAGGUCAUGGAACUGCAUAAGUCAUACAGAUCCAUGACUCCAGCUCAGGCUGACCUGGAAUUUCUUGAGAAUGCCAAAAAAUUGUCUAUGUAUGGUGUUGACCUUCAUAAAGCAAAGGACUUGGAAGGAGUUGAUAUCAUCCUAGGUGUCUGCUCUAGCGGCCUUCAGAUUUACAGAAAUAAGCUGAGAAUUAACCGUUUUCCUUGGCCCAAAGUACUAAAAAUUUCUUACAAACGUAGCAGCUUUUUCAUCAAGAUUCGGCCUGGAGAGCAAGAACAGUAUGAAAGUACCAUCGGAUUCAAACUUCCCAGUUACCGAGCAGCUAAGAAAUUAUGGAAAGUCUGUGUAGAGCAUCACACGUUUUUCAGACUGACAUCUACAGACACCAUUCCUAAAAGCAAAUUUCUCGCCCUGGGAUCCAAAUUUCGAUACAGUGGCCGAACUCAGGCUCAGACCAGGCAAGCUAGUGCUUUGAUUGACAGGCCUGCCCCACACUUUGAGCGCACAGCAAGCAAACGGGCAUCCAGAAGCCUUGAUGGAGCAGCAGCCAUUGAUUCAGCAGACCGAAGUCCUCGGCCCACCUCUGCACCAGCCAUUGCUGAGAGUCAGGUCACAGAAGGCAGCGUCCCAGGUGCACCUGUCAAAAAGGUACAGAAGGAAGUAGUGAAGGUCGAAGUGAAAGAGGAAGAAGUGCCACCUGAGCAAGCUGAGGCUGAGCCUGAGCCCACGGAAGAGUGGAAGGUGGAAAAAACCCACAUCGAGGUCACAGUACCCAUCUCAAAUGGUGACCAAACACAGAAGCUUGCAGAAAAACCUGAAGAUCUGAUAAGAAUGAGGAAGAAAAAGAGAGAGAGACUAGAUGGUGAAAACAUUUAUAUCAGACAUAGCAAUUUAAUGUUGGAGGAUUUAGAUAAAAGUCAAGAAGAGAUCAAAAAACAUCAUGCCAGCAUCAGUGAGCUGAAAAAGAACUUCAUGGAAUCUGUACCAGAACCACGGCCUAGUGAAUGGGAUAAACGCUUAUCCACUCACUCUCCCUUUCGAACAAUUAACAUCAAUGGGCAAAUUCCUACAGGAGAAGGAAAUAUAAAUGGCAUUCGCACAGAGGAGGUGGCCGCCAUGGCAAAGGGGCCAUCUACCAACCCUGACUCUGAACGGGAGGGCCCCAAGCAUUCAGUAAUUCCUAGUAAGAGCCAAGUGGCCGCCCCGUCGGAGUCUCCACAAAACUUCGACUUUGGCUCCCUCUCCAUAAGCAGCAAGGAGACAGACGCGAAGGAGCAGGGGGCCUCUGGCUCUCUUGAUGUUAAGGAAGUGCCAGAAGGCCCGAGUGGGGAGUGCGUAGGAGUGGAGGCACAGGCCAGGGCCGCCUCAGAGUCCUCAGUGUCACCAGCUUCCUCUCAGCUGCAACUUGAUGAGAAAAAGGCAGAGAGUAGUGAAGAACAUGUUACACCAGGAGAGCCACUUGGAAAGCAGAAUGGAUCAUUUCUUGACUCUGGUGUGGGUAACCAGUUCCCCACCCUCAUUCGAAGUUUCCAGCCUCCCCUGGUGAAGACUCAGACCGUCACCCUCUCAGACACUGCCAAUGCUGUGAAAAGUGAAAUCCCAACCAAAGACGUCCCUAUUGUCCACACCGAGACCAAGACCAUCACUUAUGAGGCUGCCCAGACUGACGACAGCAAUGGGGACUUGGACCCAGGAGUCUUGCUGACAGCUCAGACCAUCACAUCUGAGACCACCAGCAGCACCACCACAACUCAGAUUACCAAGACUGUAAAAGGCGGGAUUUCUGAGACCCGGAUUGAAAAGAGAAUUGUGAUCACAGGAGAUGGCGAUAUUGACCAUGAUCAGGUCCUCGUACAGGCCAUCAAGGAGGCAAAGGAACAGCACCCAGACAUGUCAGUGACCAAGGUGGUCGUCCAUCAGGAGACCGAAAUCUCUGAGGAGUGAGCUCAGGAACUAUCCUCUCCCCUCCCCCCACUCCCUACCCAUCUCCCAUCUGAGAGAAAACCAGCGGAAUGAUCAAGAAGCUAACCUGCAAUUGUCAGACUUCAGACUUUUAAGAUGAUUCUAAAUCACCAGAAAAUCAAUUUCAUUUUCUAUUUGGAGUUUAUACCAAGAGAGUCUUCUCUAUAUCACUGAUCCUUUUGAAUACCUUUUUCUAUAUUGUGAUACCAGAAAUUGUUCAACUUUUCACUCUAUGGACUGUUUUUAAGGAGCUUUUUGGUUUUUUAUGGGGUGGUUUGUAACCCCUUCAGCCCAGCCUCUCCCCAUGUUUACUGACAAAGUCCACACCGUUCUUGGGGAAAUCCUCCAGUGACUCUGUCAGCUGUGUUGGGGGCCAAAGCCAGCUUAACGGGGCUUCCCUGCUCCUCCCCUAGUUUUAUACCCCUUUCAAUGACAGGAGAAACUUCAGAAACCAGCCCUUUCUCAGAGCCAAUGAUGUGACUUUACCAGAAUGUCAGGCAGGGCUGCUGCCCUGAUCCACAGAGCCCAGGAAAAUGUCCCUGUCCCUUUGCUAAGGGUGGUUUUGGUGAGGCAGAGACCUCUGCUAAGAAGGUAGUAUUGUUUUUCCUUCCUCCCUCCUGUUCUUUCUUUUCGGAGCUUCUUUAGAUCAAAGACAUAAGGAGUAGCUUCAGAUAUAUCCGAUACUGUGAAUGUUUGACCACCUCGGUGGCCUUCGCCCUCCUGCCCUCCUUCCCCUUUUACCUCAUCAGAAGCAGUGGCUCUGCUAAGUGCUCCCCCACCUCCCAUCUCAGGAGACCAAAACUCACGGAAAAAUAGGCACUUUUGGCCAAAAGCACUGAUGGCACAUUUUUAGUGGUGAUUUGGACAAAGAAAGUUAAAUGAGAUUUUUAAAAAGAUGUUCUAGUUCCGGCAGUGUGCACUUCACAUGGGGAAUGGUGGGUUUACCUCAGUCGGAUCCUGCUAGGAAGUAUUUCCAGGAGACCACCCCUGGGCCGCUCCCUUUAAUCCUGGGGUGACAAGGGGUGUGACUCAAAGAGGAGGUGGUUGUGGCCCGUGACCUUUCUCUUCCCUGCUGGUACCUGCCUUCAGAUACCCUUCAGGAGUCCAGGAAUUGGCUUUUAGGGGCCACCCUUGCCACAAAACCCCACCCCACCGGACAAGGGGUACCAGCACCAGCUCCGCUCCUUCCCACCUGCCAUCUGAGGUCUGUUGGUUUUGCGGCUUGAUUUUUGUGGUGGGUUUGGCUUUGAUUUGGGGUUUUUUGUUGUAUUUUUUUUCUUUUGGCUUUGAAAAUGAGAACUGAUGUCUCCAUUUCCACUAUUCCUGGUAAAGAUUUGGGGGCAUUUUUAUUCAAUAGGGCUUCUCUAAUCUCCCAGCUUGCUUCCCACAAACAUCUGUCUGGAAGUUCUUAGAAUUCUAAUUCUAGGACAGAAAGUGAGCUUCCUGAAGUAGACAGUCAGUCACAGCCAGCGGUUGCAGGGGGCACCAGGGCAGUGAGCAGGAGAGAAGUCUACAGCCACUGCUCCCAGCAGUGGGAACCAGUCACAUGUGCCAGAGUCUCUCCUGGCUGAGUUUUGUUUAGACAAACUCGGUUGAUUUGAACUGAUUUCAGGUGCGUGCAUUUUCCUCUUAGUACUUACAUGAGACUGUUACUAACCAACAGGUAGCUCUCCUCUGGGCAGGGACAAGAGCUCAGGUGGGAUGUGUGACAGGCCAGGGGAAAGGAGAGUGCCCCUUCUCAGGGACAGACUCAUGGCCUGGGGGCAUGGAGUCUGGAACCAUGGGGCUUUCAGGGUGGAGCCCAAGCCUGGGCUUUGUUGCCCAGAGCAGUGGCGAGGUUGGAAAUCCAGCUCACCUCAAACAGGCUGGUGUGAGCUCGCCUGUCAAUGGCCAGCUGACCUGUUGGAAGAGCUGCAAGGGCUCAUAGAGCUGAAACCUGUGGAAUGAAGCUGGGAAAAGAGGCCGGGGCAUGCGCAUCAGGAAGCUGGUACACCGAAUAUUCUGUGCCCUCCAGGUCAGAGUAGCAGCUCUCAUAGCAGAGGAUCCGGCCCGCAAAUUUCCCCUCGAUCUGUCACCAGCUCACUAACACUUGUCCCUGCCUUCUUGUCUAUAAACUGGACCAGAUCCCCAUGCCCUUCCAGUGCUGAGAAACCAGGAUUUGGACAAGCCACCAUGAGUGGUGUUCUUCCAAGCCUCUUUCCCUUUCCUGCCUCUCUGGUUAGAGAACUUGGGGUUUGCCAAUUAUUUGGAUUUUUUUUUUUCCUUCUUGCAAUUGUGUGUGUGUCAUUGUGCAUGAAGAAAAACAGACUGUCCAGGUGGAAAUGGUAAAGAGGGGAGAAGAGUUCAUUUCCAGGAUAAAAGAUUUGGCGGCAGUUUUCCUGAAGUGACUCAGGCAUACCACAGUAACAACUCUUGCUGCAAUUUUAUUUUUAUUUCACUUGAGAAAUAAAGAUUUCCUCCAAGCCACACGAGGUCUCUGCCACCCACCCACCCACAAAGCAGGAUCUGAAUUUAUCAACCAAGGGCCCAUAGAGCCGCAGGGACCUGUCAGGGAAUCUUGCCCACACACCCCCAGUCCCCCACUGUGUGUUCUUCGGGGCAGCUGGGGGUGAGGGGGUGACAGUCCACCUUGGGAAUGGAGCCAGAGCUACGGCUUGACCAACACCAAGGAGUGCUCGUGGGAAUAGCUGCCCAGGAUCUCAGCCCCAGGCUGGGUGGUUUUACAAAUCUCUCUCAAAUGUUUUAUUUUGGUGACAAAAAUGAAGGAGCUUUGUAAAUUUUUAAAAAAAGAUUAUGAAUCAUUAUCAAGUAGUUUACAUUUCUUGACAAAAUAGGAACUAUGGCAGCAGAAUCAAAUUGGCAAAAUCCUUAGAUUAAGUAGGCAAUAAUUAGGUCUGCUGUUUUGGCCUUUCAUAGUAAGAGAAAUGGUGGUAGUGUUUAGAUAUGUGUUUGGUCUUGCUUCUUGUAUUGCAUUUUUCAAUAAAUUAAAAAAAAAAAAAAAAAAAAAAAAGACGGACUCCCUGAAGGUUGAUCAACUUUUAAAGUUCUUUUCUCCUACUGGCAACUUGGAAAAAAUUAAACAUGGGUCAGAGAGACCCAAUCUAAGCCAUUUUCUAAAGCUUUCCACAUUGGCCAAAAUGCAACUUCAACAUAUAAAAGGACUUCUGAGAACUGGCAAAUGCUUUUUGCCAACUGGAGGGAGAUUCCUUGGCAUAGGCCACGACAAAAGAGAGAAGGGGGUUUCUCAGGCCUUUUGGGGGAGGGGCCAGACCCUCAGUAUGGAGGCACUGGCAGUAGUGUAGCUCAGUGGGAUGUAUCCUGCGUGGCUGAGGGAAGAAGGGGGUUGAGGUGGUAGGAGUUAAAGGCUAAGUCCCCAUUCCAGAUGGCAGUGGAAGGUCUUAUCUCUACCCCAUUGCCCAUCUUCCCAAAGGCCCAAACCCCCUCACCAGUGCCACCAUGGAGGGAGCCUGUCCCAGCCUAUAACAUCACAACCUACCUUCCAAGUCUUAGGGUCCUUGCCCACCACUUCAGUUUUGCCAGCUCACCAGUUGCAUCUCCCAAUCACCCUGGCCUGGACCUCCAGCCCCUUCAGGUACCUGUCCAGAGCUAAAGCCGCUUUUGGAGGCUGAAGGAAUUCCUGAGGCCAGAGCAUGCUGGUCUCCAGAGUCCACAUUAAAACGUUCUCUCUGGCUUAUUGAA